GUUUAACCACACAAAAAAUCUCUUAAGCUUGCUUUGCUUGAGUGACUCUCAUGAUUCUAGGAAAGAAGGGUUUAGAUACCCUUUUCGGAUUUAUCCAAGAGCUCCUGCAUUUUCACCCCUUUUAUCCUUCAAAUCUCUCACUUGUACCGCAAGUAAAUCAUUAAUUGAUUUGGGUUCUUCAAAUCCAACCUCUACCAUCUCCCAUAAAUUCAGUGAAAUCAGCAAAGUUCUCAUCUUUAUACUCCAAAAUUCAUUAUUUUCACUUGAAACCAUAGAGGCUGAAUAG